AUACCUCCAAACAUGAUUCACACCAACGCCCAAACAGAUGGCGCUUUGCCAUGAAUAUGGAGUCUAUUAACAUAUGAACAAUAUCUUAGUGCUUGAAAGAACAAAUUCAAUGCUUUGAAAGGGGUUAAUCACGGCUACAAUCGAUACUGGCUCUGAUACCCAUGUCAGAUAACCUGAAACAUAAGAUCAGAAACCACGAUAUAAUCAGUAGCGCAUUGAAAUUUGUCACUCCACGCAUUACAUCGAGAUAUACAGCGGUGGAUAUAUAAACAACAAAGAGCACUAAAAACCCCCAGUUAUUUCGUUUUAUUUCUUCUACGAUCGAAGUCUUUUUUUUUUAAUAACCACUCUCUGAUCAAAACUUCACGCUAAAUACCAUGGUAAACAUUGGGCAAGUAGUACCCGCCGGGAUUAUACCUGGAACUGGAAAGGACAAAAGGCCAUUCCCUCUCAGAGGAGAUGUUAUCGCUGCUCUUGGUGAAUUGAUGGGCAUGACGGUAUUCAUUUUCUUAGCACUGUCAGGCGUCCAAGCAGCUCUUAACGCACCAGCCGGUUCAGGAAAUAAAGUACCCAGCACUGCAGGGCCAACUUUUAGUCAAAUUCAAAGCGUUGCGUUUAGUUUCGGUUCAUCAAUCACGGUCGCCCUCUUUUUGUGUGCUCCAAUCUCUGGUGGUGCAUUAAACCCGGCUGUCCUUUUGACUCUUUUACUCACUGGAAAUGUUCCCUGGUUCCGUGCAUUUCUUCUAUUCAUUGCCGAAUUGGUUGGAGCCAUUCUUGGAGCCUACUUUUCUAAUUGGGUGACUGCCAAUCAGCUCCUUGGUGUCAACAAAAUCAAUCCAGGCUUCGAUAUUCCGCAAACGUUCUUCGCUGAGGCUCUGGGCACCUGCUGUUUGUGCUUGACUGUUCUAUUCAUCAUCAUUGAGAACAAUGUCCUUGUCACAUUCACCCCCUUCGUUAUCGGCCUUGUUAUCUUUAUGUGCCAUAUGUUCUUAACUCCAAUUGAUGGUACUAGCAUUAAUCCUGCUCGUAGCUUUGGUCCAGCCGUAGUUACCGGAGAUUGGACACUUAAUCAUUGGGUGUUUUGGAUUGGACCUCUUACAGGCGCCAUCUUCGCAGUUGUAUUGUAUCUAGGCUUCAAAUCACUCAAAUACGACGAGCAAUCUGAAUACGAGCGCGAUGUUUUCACUAAUGCUCUCGACUCUGGUAUGAUGAAUGAUCGUACGGAGAAGGCGUCUUCUCGUAACUUUGUCAUUGAUAACAUGGCUGAUCCUGACGCAUCAAGCGCCCGCCGGGCCUUUGGAGGACGGAACCCAACUUGGUUUCACCACCACCAGCUGCUGCCGGAUACACUCGCUAAUAAAUUCAAAAUCAUCCUAACAAAAAGGAAUGCAAAAUGUAUAUAUGCUAAAAGAAAAUAAUUACAUUUUUUAGCAGUUUUUGUUUAUUUGGAAUAUUCGAAUACCUGCGUAAUAAAAUCCACAUGCUCAAAUAAGUCCAGUAUUCAAAACCAUUGUA